AAGAUUAAGUUGAUGCCUCUGACAAUUUCCAUUAUUUCUUCUGUAGACAAUAUUUCAUUUCUGCAUCAAUGGGUUAUUAAUGUUUCUGUUGACAUCUUGGACUAUACUUUUUCUUUGCUCAGGGAAGCCCUGGACUGAGGAGGAACAUCGAACCUUUUUAGCUGGCUUGAAGAAGCUUGGGAAAGGUGAUUGGAGAGGCAUUUCAAAGAAUUUUGUGACCACUUGGACCCCAACGCAGGUCGCUAGUCAUGCUCAGAAGUUUUAUCUGAGACAGGCUUCAGCCGAUAAGAAGAAGCGUAGAUCAAGUCUCUUUGAUAUGACACUCAAAGAAUCAGUUCUGGCAUCGCAGGAGCUCCCAAAUUUGCCUUCUAACACUUCAUCACAGGUAAAUCCACAGGCAUUAAGACAGGCUGGUAAAUCUUCAGCUUCGCCAAUGAAGAAGACUACUGAAAUCCUGUCACAUCAAGUAUUCCCCGGCAAUGGGCAGAACUCUGUGGACGCUAAAACCAUCCUAGCUGCACCUUUCGUCCAUAUAAUGAAUUAUAAUUAUACAGGGUUAGGCUACCCUUUCACCCCUAAGGGCCCUGCAAGCUUUGCUACUUAUGCACCUCUUGCAGCCCACACUUCUGGCAUUCCUACGCCAAGAUCAUUUCCACUCAUCUUUUCGCAAGAAGGUCCAUCGACUGAAAAAGUAGACGCUCCAGAGCUGGACCUUAAAACCGGACCACCUCCUAAAUCCCUACAUGGGGCAAGAUAUCGACCAAGGCAUCCGGUCCCAUUAGUGUGA